AUGGAAGAAGGGGAAAGGAGCCCCUUGCUGUCCCAGGAUGCUGCCCACUGGGAGCCCCCCGUCCUCACAAACAGAUCACCCACCACAAGCCACACUGUUCCACCUAGGGAGGACCAGGUGGGGGCCUGGAGUCGCCGCCGCUGUCCUUCUGGGGCCAAGCACCAAGGCUGGAAGAAAGGCCUGGGGGGAGGCCCAGCCCCCUCCCUCCCCAUGGGGUACAGCUGCCUCAAGUAUCUGACCUUUCUCUCCAACUUCCUCUUCUCCUUGCUAGCCCUGCUGGCCCUGGCUGUGGGACUCUGGGGCCUGGCUGUCAAGGGGUCUCUGGGGGGCAGUUGGGGGGGUAUCGUGCCCCCAGACCCCAUGCUGGUGCUGGUGCUGGGGGCACUGGCAGUCAGCGCGGUGAGCCUGCUCGGCUGCCUGGGCGCCCUCUGCGAGAACAGCUGUUCACUGCGCUGCUUCUGCGGGGCUGUCCUCUUCUUCCUGGCGCUCGAGGCCAUGGCAGGGGCCCUGGUGGCAGCCCUCUGGGGCCCACUGCAGGACAGCCUGCAGCACACCCUGCACGUGGCCAUCACCCACUACCAGGACAGCCCAGACCUGCGCUUCCUCCUUGACCAAGUCCAGCUGGGGCUGCGGUGCUGCGGGGUGGCAUCCUACCAGGACUGGCAGCAGAAUCUGUCCUUUAAUUGCGACUCUCCUGGGACGCAGGCCUGCAGCCUCCCUGCGUCCUGCUGCAUCCGUCCCUGGGAAGACGGGGCUUUGGUGAACACCCAGUGUGGUUUGGGGGCACUGCGCCUGGACGAGGACGCGGCCGGGCAAGUCGUGCACCUGGAGGGCUGCGUGCCUGCGAUGCUGCAGUGGCUGCACGGGAACAUCCAGGCCCUGGGCAGCUGUGCCAUUGCCAUCGUGGUGGUCCAGGGAGCUGAGCUCCUGCUGGCCACCUGGCUGCUGAAGGCCCUGGCUGCUCACAAGACCGUGGAGGCUGUGGAGGCUGGUCCCCUGUGAGCACAGGUUCCUGUGUGGCCUCCCUGCCAGGCAGAGCGGAGGAGAGGCUGCGGUAUAGACAGGGCUCCAGGCCUCUCUCACCUGCAGGGUUGGGGGUCAGAGAAACACCCCUCCUCCCCGGCCAGGCCACUGCCCCACAGGCCUCUGGCCUCUGCCACCUGUCAUCCCAAGGGCCAGCUGGACUGGCCACCUGCCCAACUGAGCUCUGGCUGCUCCAGGACCCACCUAAGUCACAUUGCUCCUGGCAAAGGCUGCGGUGGCUUAUGUCUGGCGUGUCUGCCUCUGGCUGGUGGGAAGAGCGCCUGGUGGGUGUUCUUGCCUCCCCUACCCUUCUUCCACUCCACACUGCCUUGCCUGUGCUCGGCCCCCAGACCCCACCCCCUCACUGCAAGCACUUCCCUGAGGUCCUUUCUGGUCCUUGGUGCCACAGAGGGUGAGGCCGGGCUUCUGCCAGAAGUCUGUUUUAGGGGAGGAGUAAGCCAC